GAAGAUUUGAGAGAAUGGACUUCAAAGUGUAAAGAUGGCAGAAAAACGAUUUUAUUUUAUACUUCACUUCAUUUUGUUACAUAUGGAUGCAGGACAGGCUGCUAAUUCCAUUGGUGAUCCGGAUUACGAAAGCCCAUGGCGCCCACUGCGAUCACAGAACCCGGGAAAAGCUAGUGCCGUGUUCAAGCAUAAACUUGGGGAGGUGCCACUGUUGGUUGAUGUACAAGUUAAAUCGAUUGAAGAUCCAAAUUUGGGCUUAAGUUUCCCCGCGAUUGGAGGCUGUCCACGCGAUGACGAUAUUGAAGAACAAUAUGGCGGUGUGAUCUAUAUCUAUAAUGAUGAAGAAAUCAUCGUAUCGGCACCAAUCAUGAAGAAUGAAUAUGACGGAGGAAUGGCUCUUUAUACGGCAAACAAUGACUAUUUUGCCGGUCCAAACAACCAGUCUAGCCACGAUGUACAUGUAAAAACUCGUGCAUGGAAAGCUGCUUCUUUGCCAGCAGCAGAUUUCAACAAACUGGGUAUCUUUGUUCAAGCGGGAUCAACAGAUGCCAACAGGGUGUACAUAGAGGAGACACAUGGUUUUGGUGAAUAUCCUGGUUUAGUGAGAGUAAGGACAGAGUUGUUGAAUAAAGUUGGAUACUUCUCCGACGCAGUAGGUGCCAACAUUGUGACUGUUACCUUAGACCCAUAUAGUAAACCAGGAUAUAUAGUUUAUGGGUUUAACGAACAGAACGUACGCGUUUGGGUCUCCUCGGACCCUGAAGGUAUAAUUUUCCAAGGUAAUGAUGGCUGGGAUAUACCAACACAAACCACUGAUGGUUAUUUAGAAAUACAUGCAUGGAAAGCAGAUACGUUACCCGCUGUUAUAGAGAAGCAUUCACAACUCGGUCCUAAUGUAGUCGACGAAAAUUUUGAAAUGCCCUUGACUGGUACAGCGAACGACAUGUUUGUACAAGUGUGGGCGGAGAGUUUGAACGGUUCCAAUGCAGGUUAUAGAUUCCCAGGAAGCGGGUCACUAGCCUAUACAGAGACUGCCCAGGACGCUACGUGCACGUACGGUGGUUUGGUGUACGGCUAUACGUUAGAUAUGCUGAGAUUUUGGCGUCCAACUGAUACCAUCAAUGCCGGGAUCAUUUGUAUCAGUAACGGCUUUGGCCAGGGCAAUAAUUCUCAACGCGAGGUAGAUGCUAAUGUUGUGGUUAGUGUCUGGACCUCCGGAAUUAGAGGUACCCCAGAAUGGGAAGAAAUACAGUAUACGUGCACGCAUAUUGUUCUGUAAAUGUGUGGUUUACAACAUAGCCGGCUUACUAACAUUCUGUUUACAAAUGCAUAAAUACCAAUACAAAAUCGUCUUGAUAAAAAGAAAAAGAAGCGCCUCAUUCAAACUCGUUGUACAAUAUUUUGUUAAUCGCGAUUUAAAAUUAGGUGAGAACAAUUCCAUUCGCAAAUGUGAUGAUUUAAAAGAAUUGUUGGUUAAUUAGAGAUUCAUGGUCGCAUUAUGCUCCAAAUAUUGAAUUUCAAUAGAUUGGUCAGAGGAAUUUCACUGACACAAUCUGUAGCGCGUGUGGCCACCUCUACUGGCAACCACAGCAAUAAGGCCCAAUGGACCCGCACCAGUUACGUAGCAGAUACAGUGGGAUUCUGGCCGACACCUGGUGGUGCGCUGCUAUCAAUUCUGGGACGUUGACAGGCUGCGAUUGACGUUGACGUCACCGCCGUGCAAGGUAAUCCCAGGCGUGUUCAAUCAGAUUGCAGUACGGUGAGCACGCUGGCCGAGGCAAAACGUCAAUGUUGCUCAUCAGUAAAACGUUCCUGUGGACACGUGCACCGCGAGGUCGCGCGUUGUCAUGCUGAAGGACCAAGCCUUGACGUUGACGGAAUUGACCACAGGACGUAGGCCUAAUAUCUGGUCAGUGCAACACCUGGCAGUGAGAUUAUCUUGGCACACAACGAGUUGGGACUUAAACCUAUGGUUGAUAGCUGCCCAGACCAUAAUUCUGCCCCCACCGAAAGGAUUGUGCUGCAGAACGCAAUUGUUAGCGUAGCCUUCACGAUGCUUCUGUAGUCAUGGAUACGUCCGUCGGUGUUCCAAAAGCCAACGCUGACCGCGAUAGUUGCGGGCCCAAAUUGGACGUUGGUGACGGUGACGUAGCGCAAAAACUAGACCACGGUAGGGCCUGCGGCAGAUGAUCGUAUGUCGACUAACAUGUGUGCCUGUGUAAAAUUUGCUCUAUAAAACCACAUGGUUGACAAACUCGGAAAUCAUAAGCAGGUACAUGAAUUAACAAUGAGCCGAAUACAAUCGUACGAGAUUCGGCCGGCUGUGUUUGUCGGUCAAAGUACAUGUACAUUUCUGGCAUUAUCCAACAGAUUUAAACUAUGUAACAAAAAUAACGCCAACUUUCCAUGAGGCGUUUUUUUUAUCUCGUCGGUAUAUUUUAAGGUGGGAUCACGUAUUGAAUUUCCAGUGAAUGACAAAAAAAAUUUUUUUUUAGUUCUUUCCAAAAAUCGUGUUAUAAUUCAACCAAAUAGUUUCCUUUCCCAACCAGAAAUGUACAAUUCUUAGAUCUAAAUAACGAGGUUUGGUACCUUUAUUAAAGACAAUUAACUAAAACAAUAGAAAUUCUUAGCUCAAUAAAGCAACUGCAAGCAUAAUAUUGAUGUGGAAUGUAAAGCAAGUUACACACUACAAUGUCCUAUCAAGAUACUUACAAAAACAAUGCAUAUGUAGAAUGCAGACGUUUGACAGAUCGUGAAAACUAAUGACAAAUUUUGACAGGUGUAUGAGGACUCAUUACCUAAUUAGAAGUUAUUUCUAUCUUCCAGUUUGAUUUUCUUAAAAUGGUUUUUCUAUAUUGUAGCUUACAACUCGUAAAUUAAAACAAAAA